AAGAUAAGAUUGCACCCUACCUGCCAGCAUUGAUGGAGAGGAUGCUCAGCACCUUGACCUCUCCUGGGAUUCCGCGCACCAAGGAGCUGGCCGUUAGCGCCAUCGGAGCCAUUGCCCAGGCUGCCAAGGAAUCUCUUCUCCCGUAUUUCCAAGCCAUCAUGGAGCACCUCACGAGUUACAUGCUGACCACCCGGGAAGACCUCAGGCCCGUCCAGAUUCAGUCGAUCGAGACAAUGGCUAUCCUGGCCAACGUCCUGGAUAAAGACAUCUUCCAGCCGCUUUCCGAGAAGUGCUGCCAGCUUGGUCUGGACCUCUGCGACAGAGUGGACGACCCAGACUUGCGACGAUGCACGUACAGCCUUUUCGGCUCUCUGGCGAACGUGAUGGGGGAUUCGAUCAGCACGUACCUGCCUCGCAUCACCACUCUUCUGAUUUAUUCCCUCAAAUCCACCGAGGGCAUCAAGCCAUCUCAGAGACUCCACCAUCCUCCUCCACUCCGAAAACCCUACUCCCCCGUAGAAGUGAUAUUGUUACCUAAAGAUAAGAUUGCACCCUACCUGCCAGCAUUGAUGGAGAGGAUGCUCAGCACCUUGACCUCUCCUGGGAUUCCGCGCACCAAGGAGCUGGCCGUUAGCGCCAUCGGAGCCAUUGCCCAGGCUGCCAAGGAAUCUCUUCUCCCGUAUUUCCAAGCCAUCAUGGAGCACCUCACGAGUUACAUGCUGACCACCCGGGAAGACCUCAGGCCCGUCCAGAUUCAGUCGAUCGAGACAAUGGCUAUCCUGGCCAACGUCCUGGAUAAAGACAUCUUCCAGCCGCUUUCCGAGAAGUGCUGCCAGCUUGGUCUGGACCUCUGCGACAGAGUGGACGACCCAGACCUGCGACGAUGCACGUACAGCCUUUUCGGCUCUCUGGCGAACGUGAUGGGGGAUUCGAUCAGUCCGUACCUGCCUCGCAUCACCACUCUUCUGAUUUAUUCCCUCAAAUCCACCGAGGGCAUCAAGGCCCCCCUCGAUUCCGGGAAUUCCUUCCUGCUCUUUGAGGACGAGGAAGAGGAGGCUGAGGUGGAAGGAGAGGAAACGCUUACGGACGAGGAAGAGGAAGAAGAUUCGGACCCCCUGGGGAUGUGCGUGCGAAGCGCCUUCAUGGAUGAGAAGGAGGACGCCUGCAUAGCUCUGGGAGAAAUUGCCGCCAGCGUGAGUGUGCCCUUCCUGCCUUACAUCGAGACCUCAUUCCAGGAAGUGUCCCAGUUACUGCCGUGUCCCCACAUCCGGGUGCGGAAAGCGGCGUUCGAAGCCCUGGGCCAGUUCAUCGUUUCGCUGCACCGGGUGUGCCAGCAGGAGCCCUCCGAGACUCACGCGGUCGCCUGCCAGGACAAUGAGGAAGAGGAAGACGACGACGACGACGACGAAGCGGAAUACGACUCCAUGCUGAUCGAGUACGCCGGGGAGAUGAUCCCCAUCCUGGCCGAAGCCACCGGAGGGGACACCUUCGCCCCCUACUUUGCCGGCUUCUUGCCUCUGCUCAUCAACAAGAUGAAAGCGUCCUCGUCCACCGCGGACAAGUCCUUCGCCGUGGGCAUCAUUGCCGAGACCGUCCAGGGCCUGGGCGGGGCCUCCAGCUCGUUCGUCCCCCACCUGCUGCCCUUGCUGAUGGGGGCGGCCCGUGACGAGGACCAGGAAGUGCGCAGCAACGCCGUCUUCGGGCUGGGGGUCCUGACGGAACACGGCAAGGAAGCCAUGUACGAACACUACCCCAAGAUCCUGGCGCUUUUAUCCAACCUCAUUGCCCAGGAGCGCAACAACCGAGUGACCGACAACGUGUGUGGGGCUGUUGCGAGGAUGCUGAUGACCAAUCCCGGCGGGAUGCCUGUUGAACAGGUUUUCCCCGUCCUGCUUCGCGCCCUGCCGCUGAGAGAGGACUUUGAGGAAUACAAAACGGUCUACCGUUGCGUCGCGUUUAUUUACCAAAACGACCCAUCACAGGUGUUGCAACAGAUUCCGGAGAUCGUGCGAAGCAGUGGCCCUGUCCUGGGUUGCAAAAAUCUGCCAACAGAAGCCAGGAAUCUCCUGCUUACGCUCCUGGGCAGCCUGUCCGCCCGAUGCCCGGCCGAGUUUCAAACAGCCCUCCUGACAAACCCUCCAGAAGUCUGCACUUCGAUCCAGGCGGCCAUCGGCUCCGCUUGAAACGGCCAGGAAGGGGGCGCUCUCCUCCCAGCUUCCGCGAACUUCCGAGGCCAAGCCAGCCAGCGGUGGUUGUGCAAAGAGCCCCACGUUCUUCUUUGCAGACCAGGAUCCGUCCGUCCAUCGUCGGUUUUGACCCACCCAACUUUCAGCAUCUGCGCCCGAUCCAAAGGCAAACUCCGGCGUUCCGAAUUGCAGCUGGGCGGCUGUGUUUGUGUUGCAAGGGGGGGGGGAUCAAGCUAUUGUUUGAUAUUUUUUCAACAGUUAAGCU